CUGCUGCUACUUGUUGCCUCUCUCUACCCUAUCACCACUCAUCAUCAUCUCAUACCUUCACUCCACUCCAGCAGUUGAAAAGGGCCAAACUUUCUCUCUCUCUCUCUCUCUCAACUCAUUGAUUACAGCCACCGUUUUCUCUCUCUUCUUACUUGCUUUGGUUCUUCUCUUCUAUACCUAAAGCCUACCUUCAUACCCAUGUCCAUUUGUAGCAUGUUUCGUCUUGGGCAUCCCAAAGUUCAAAUUUUUCUCACACACUCCUUCCAUUCAAACCUCUACACCCUUUUGGGUCAUUUCUAGAAGAUCUAUCUCCCAACCCUGUUGGGUGAACAGAAAGAAGAAAAAAAAUGGGAAGCAAGUGGAGAAAAUUGAAGCUGGCUCUUGGUUUGGAUUCCUGUGUUCACAUUCCUAGAACCUUUGAUGAUUCCUACGCCACAGGCAGGAUUUCCGGCAGCGUCUCACCCAGCGUCGUGUCGCCGGCCGGCGACAACUCCGGCUAUCGCCCAUCGACUCCCACGCCGUCCUCCUCUGGUCUACGGUUACCCAAAUCCGGACCCAAAUCUCCCAAGGGUACGUGUGCAAUAUGCCUUUACACAAUGAAACCAGGGCAGGGCCAUGCCAUUUUCACUGCAGAAUGUUCUCACUCUUUCCACUUUCACUGCAUCACUUCUAAUGUGAAACAUGGGAACCAGAUUUGCCCUGUCUGCCGAGCAAAAUGGAAAGAAGUUCCUUUUCAGAGUCCUACUUCUAAUAUGCCCCAUGACUUGCCUCGAAUUAACCUUGUUGCUGCUCGAGAUGAAGGCUGGCCAACUGCCGUACGGAGGCUUCCUUCUCCUCAAGGUGAUGCUGCUCGGCCGAUUUCGUCACUUUAUCAUGUUAAUGAACCUGCUAUUUUUGAUGAUGAUGAAGCCCUGGAUCAACAAACUUCAAUUACCCAUCAUAAUGAUCAAACUGACCAUGAUAAGAUAAAUACAGUGGAGAUCAAAACAUUUCCCGAGGUUUCAGCUGUUCCAAAAUCGGCCUCUCAUGAUGCCUUUGCUGUAUUAAUCCAUCUGAAAGCUCCUCAUUCAAGGAGAAAACCACAUAUUGGACAAAAUAUUGAAUCAUCACCUCCGGUUGAGAAUACUCGAGCCUCAGUUGAUCUUGUUACAGUUCUUGAUGUGAGUGGUAGCAUGGCAGGUACUAAACUAGCGUUGCUAAAACGUGCUAUGGGUUUUGUCAUUCAGAAUCUUGGUCCAUCAGACCGGCUGUCUGUCAUUGCCUUCUCCUCCACAGCACGUCGCAUCUUCCCUCUCCGGUUGAUGACUGAGACUGGACGACAGCAGGCAUUGCAGGCUGUUAAUUCCUUGGUUUCAAAUGGGGGGACAAACAUUGCUGAAGGCCUGAGAAAAGGUGCCAAGGUGUUUGCUGAUCGCAAAUGGAAGAACUCCGUUAGCAGCAUCAUAUUACUCUCUGAUGGGCAGGAUACAUAUACAGUCAAUAGCAGGCCUAAUACUGGAAUAGAUUACCAGUCACUUGUUCCAAACUCCAUUCAUCGAAAUAAUGGUGUUGGCAUGCAGAUUCCAGUGCAUGCAUUUGGGUUUGGCUCUGAUCAUGAUGCCACUUCAAUGCAUUCAAUCUCAGAGAUAUCUGGGGGUACAUUUUCUUUUAUCGAAGCUGAGGAUGUGAUCCAGGAUGCAUUUGCACAGUGUAUCGGAGGACUCUUGAGUGUGGUGGUUCAAGAAUUACAAGUGGAAGUGGGGUGUGUUCAUCCUCAUUUACAACUUAGUUCUGUAAAAGCAGGAAGCUACCAAACAAGCUUGAUGGCGAAUGCAAGACUGGCUACUAUCAUUGUGGGAGAUUUGUAUGCCGAAGAGGAAAGAGACUUUUUGGUGACAGUUAAUGUUCCAGUUGAUGAGUCAACUGAUGAGAUGCCUCUGUUGAUUGUGAGAGGUCUUUACCGAGAUCCCAUAACAAAAGAAAUGGUGGCUUUGGAAGAAAACAGUGAAGUUAAAAUUCAGAGACCUGACAUCGCUGGAGAACUAGUUGUGUCAAUAGAGGUAGACAGACAGCGAAACAGGCUUCAAGCUGCUGAGGCCAUGGCUGAGGCUAGAGUUGCAGCUGAACGCGGUGAUUUGUCUAGUGCAGUUUCAGUCCUGGAUAACUGUCACAAGGCAUUGUCUGAAACCAUUUCUGCUCAAGCUGCAGAUAGGUUAUGUGUUGCUCUUUCUGCAGAGUUGAAGGAGAUGCAGGAGAGGAUGGCUAAUCAACGUGUUUAUGAGCAGUCUGGAAGGGCCUAUGUUCUUUCAGGAUUAAGUUCACAUUCAUGGCAGAGGGCAACCGCACGUGGUGAUUCCACANACANCUCUAGCCUUGUNCAAGCAUACCAAACUCCUUCAAUGGUUGACAUGGUGACGCGCUCCCAGACCAUGGUUUUCGGAGCGCCUCAAAAUAAACGAGUUCUCAGGCCUGCGAAAUCAUUUCCUGAGAGACAGAGAAGACAAUAGGAAUGAAAAACUAUGUUUGGAAAUACUAUUUGGCCUAUACUUAUACUUUCUGAGGAAACCUUCAUGUUUCUUCAUAUCUUAAGCUACCCUUUUGUUUUUGGUUUUGUGAAGGUGGGGGUAUAAUGGAAAGGAAGGAGUUUUAGGUGGAUAAAAUUCCUGAUUUUGCCAAUAUCAAAAAGUGUAAAUGCAUAGGCUGGAAAAGGGGCUCUGCUGAGAAUGAAUGGCGAAAAAGGAUGCACAGGUUGAAUAUUUCAGUGUGAUUCCGAGUGAUGUACAUAACCUAUUGUUUCUUAGUUGAAUUGUGCGGGUGAAUUUCAUCACUGGAUUAUAUAUAUGGUAUAAUAUAUGUGCUUCUGAUUCUUUUCAUCA